UUUUCCCAGAUUAGGGGAUUUCCCUUUAGUCACACAUGCAGAUAAUACACUGAUCACAUACAUAUUUUUAGGGGCAGAUACCUGAGUAAACAUAUCUUAUUGAGAGGAGAAUGCAGCCUGUUUUGAGUUUCUGUCUGGUGUUGUUGGGUUUGCUGACCACCAGUGUGGCCAAGCACGAUGACCAGUUGUGGCCAUUUGGCAAGCACCUCAAUAAAGGCGACAAUAACCAGUACAAAGAUUGUAACAGCGUAAGAAAGGCAGGAUACAAUGACAGUGGAGUUUACAUGGUUUGGUAUAACUCUACCACACCAUAUAAGGUGGUAUGUAACCAUACGGCAGACAACUCCUUCACCAUCAUACAGCGACGGAUGUAUGGCGACGUGAAUUUUAACAGAGGAUGGCAGGAUUAUGUCUAUGGAUUCGGACAUCCCCAGGGUGACUUCUGGGCAGGACUCAAUAGCAUUUACUACAGUACUCUUACAGGGCAAAUUAAGAUGACAGUUUAUAUGCAGGACUUCCAAGGAAUCGGAGGAUAUAUCAAGUAUGAUUACUUCAAGUUGAAUGGUCCUGAAGAUCAGUACCGUCUUCUCAUUGCCAAUGCGUUUGGCAAUGUACCGGACGACCUUGGAUAUAACGACAAGUCCUGUUUUUAUACAUAUGACAGGCCCGACCCUAAUAACUGUGCCAGGAAUAUGAUGGCAGGCUGGUGGUAUAACUAUUGUACCUUAGCUCAUCCCAACGGCUACCACUACCCAUAUGGCCCAUAUACCCCUUCCACUGGAUAUUAUAAUGGCAUCUUCUGGAAGGACUGGCUAGGGUUUGGGUACUCUCUGAAAUUCAUUAGUAUGACAUUGUCAGAUCAAUAGUGUUAUCUCCCUUUAGUAUGACAUUGUCAGAUCAAACACAAUCUACUUUUUGUAUGACAUUGUCGGACCAAUUAUAAUCUCGUUUUAGUAUGACAUUUUGUCAGAUCAAUUGUAAUCUCUUUUUCGUUUGACACAGUCAGAUCAAAAGUUAUCUCCCUUUUGUAAGACAUUGUCAGAUCAAUGGUAAUCUCUUUUUUUGUGUGACAUUGCCAGAUCAAUUGUAAUCUCUUUUUUUUGUGUGACAUUGCCAGAUCAAUUGUAUUCUCCUUUUAGUAAAAAAUUGAUAAAAUAGUCAAUGUUGAUUUGUCAAUAAUUAUCUCCCUUUAGAAUGACAUUGUCAGAUCAAAAGGAAUCCCCUUUAGUAUGACACUGUCAGAUCAACAGUUUUCUCUUUUUAGUAUAACAUUGACAAAUCAACAGUAAUCUCCAUUUUGUAUGACAUUAUCAGAUCGACAGUCAUCUCUUUUUAGUGACAAAUCAACAGUAAUCUCCAUUUUGUAUGACACUGUCAGAUCAACAGUUAUCUCUUUUUAGUGACAAAUCAACAGUAAUCUCCAUUUUGUAUGACAUAAUCAGAUCAAAAGUAAUCCCCUUUUGUAUGAAAUUGUCAGACCAAAAGUAAUCUUCCUUUAGUAUGACACUGUCAGAACAUUGACAAAUCAACAGUAAUCUCAAUUUUGUAUGACAUUGUCAGACCAAUAGUAAUCUCCCUUUAGUAUGACACUGUCAGACCAACAUUGAUUUCCCUUUUGUUUGAUAUUGUCACAUUAGCCAUUAUCUCACUUUUGUAUGACGUUGUAAGAUCAAUGGUUAUCUCUCUUCAUUAUGGCCUGGCCAGGUCAAUAUUAAUAUCCUUUUAAUAUUACGACAAAUCAGCAGUAACUUCCCUUUUAAUAGUAUGACACUGUCAAAUCAGUAA